AUGUCAGGGACAGCCAGUGCAGAAUCGGAGGGAGUAGUCUCCAAAGUUCAAGUAAAACGACAAAUCAAGACAAUCGUGGAGGAUUUAGAGAACAUCUUGGGGGACUUGAAGGAUGUGGCAAAAGAACUCAAAGAGGUUGUUCACGAAAUUGACUCCCUCACCUCCGAUCUUCGUCUGGAGGAGGAGAUGACAGACAGCUCGAAGACAGACACCAUGAACAGCAGUUCUAGCAGUACCACAACUACCACAGCGUCUAGUACUGAAAAGAUUAGGCCUUUCCCUGAGGAAGCCAUUUUUAAGCCUCCUCCCAUCCUCACCGUCCUUAAGAAGCCCCACCCUCCUCUUCCUCCUCCUCGCUCCACGCCCAUGCGAGUGGAGGACCAGAACACCAAUCUGUCUUCAGGGAACCCGGCCAAGGCUAACAGUACUCUACUAAGAAACGGCAUUUUCGCAGGUAUGCCAACAAACGCGCAGACAAACAGAGACUUGUGUCACGGCCCCAAGGGCAUCGCCGAGAAAAGACUGUCACCGACGCCGCUUCUGAGGCACGAAAAGAACCGGUGCUCUCAGGUCACGCGGGAACGCGUGCGAUUCAGCGAGAAGGUUCAGUAUCAUGGGUACUGCCCCGAUUGCGACCUGCAAUGUGACAUGAACAACACAGAUGUGCACUUACACUCGGAAUUGAUUGACAUGAAGAUCAGCCCCAUCCAUCAGUGCUCGUCCUCGCCACCCACCCAGCUGCUGGAAAACGGUGGUGGAAUCAGCCUCAGUCAUAGUUUCCCCCCCGCAAACCCACCAUAUGUGCCUCACCUGCCACCUCAAAAGCCACAGAAAACCAUUCUUCGAAAGUCCACCACUACAACGGUUUGA